CUUGCAUGUCUCAAGCACACAAAAGUAUCGAAUGCCCAUGCUCACUACCUACUAUUAAACCAUCUCAGCCUUCCUCCCCUGCGGAGCGCAGCUGCACUGUUCCAUUCCUCUUCUGUCCGUACUCCUCAGCUCCCCUGUUCCCUCCUUCAAUGCCGCCCCAGUUCAAACCUCCACUCUAAGGUGUGCAGCUCAACACGUCGCGCUUCCCCGAUGCCACUCCGCGUCCACCAACUCCUGCUCCUGCUCGUGCUACUCCUCCUGGCCACCUCUGCUCCGGCCUAUGUCUCCUCCUCGUCCUCUUCUUGCGCCGGCCGCGACGAUGCAGCCAUCGUCGCCACCGCGUUCCGGUACGUGCGCAACUUCAGGUCACCGAGCGUGAAGGCAUGCCAGCCGGUCCGGGAGCUGCGCCUGCCGUCACGGAACCUCACGGGCGCCGUGUCGUGGGCGGCGCUCGCCAACCUGUCCGCGCUCGCCGCGCUCGACCUCUCCGGGAACGCGCUCCAGGGUGCCAUCCCCGGCGCCUUCUGGCGCGCGCAGUCGCUCCGCGCCGUGGACGUCUCCCGCAACCAGCUCGGCGGCGAGCUCAGGAUGGAGCAGAACCCGCGGCUCGAGUCCCUCAACGUAUCCGGCAACCGCUUCACCGGCGUUGAGGGGGUGGAAGGGCUCGCGCGGCUCGGCACGCUUGACGUGUCUGGGAACAGGAUCCGGGUGGUGCCGCAUGGGCUCCGGCGGUUAACGCGGGUGAGACGGCUCGACCUCUCCGGGAACGCGAUGCAGGGGAGGUUCCCGGGCGACUUGCCGCCGCUCGCUGGGGUACGUUUACUGAAUGUCUCGUACAACAAGUUCUCCGGCGUGGUGGAUUCCGGCGCCGUCAAGAAGUUCGGCCGCUCAGCGUUCUUGCACGCCGGGAACGCGUCGCUGGUGUUCUGGGAGAACUCGACAGCGCCACCGCGACGUUCAUCGCAGCCUCCUCAUGGAACAAGUAGAAAGAAGGAUUCAGGGAGGACGGAAAGGAAAACGAUGAGGAGGAGCAACAGAAGGAAGCAUUUGAGCGUCGUGGCGGUGGCGGUAAUAUGCGGGGCUGUGUCCCUGGCCGUGCUGCUCUGCUUGGCCGGGUGCGUGGCGUGCGGUGCGCUGAGGUGCAGAAAAAAUGGAGGCAAGAACGAUGUGGAGAAGAAGGGGCAAUGGGGCGACAAGGGCGACGAGGAGGUUGUCGUGGUCGCGGCGGCGAAGGGCGCCUCGGCAGCGCCGGUGGUGCUGUUCGAGCGGCCGCUGAUGGAGCUCACGCUGGCCGACCUGGCCGCGGCCACGUCCGGGUUCGGGCGCGAAUCGCAGCUUGCGGAGCGCGGCGGCCGCAGCGGAGCCGCGUACCGCGCCGUGCUCCUCGGGGACCUGCACGUCGUCGUGCGAGUCGUGGAGGGCGGCAUGGCCGGGCUCGGGGAGGAUGACAACCCGGUGGCCGCCGUCACUGCGUUCCGGGAGCUCGCGCGGCUCCGGCACCCGAACAUUCUUCCACUCCUUGGCUACUGCAUUGCAGGUAAGGAGAAGCUCCUACUGUAUGAGUACAUGGAGAAAGGCGACUUCCACCGGUGGCUACACGAGCUGCCAGCAGGGCAGCCAGUCAUGGACAACACCAGCAGCGGUGACAUCUGGGAGGUGGCGGAGGACAAGCGGUCUAUAUCCGAUUGGCCGACCCGACAUCGCAUCGCGCUAGGGAUUGCCCGGGGGCUCGCCUUCUUGCACCAGGGAUGGGCCGGGUCGGGACGAGCCGUCGUGCACGGCCACUUGGUGCCAACCAACAUCCUCCUCGGUGACAACCUAGAGCCUCGAAUAUCCGACUUCGGUCAUCUUAACACCAAGUCAACGUUUGAGGGCGAUGUAUACAGCUUCGGCGUGUUAGUGCUGGAGCUCAUGACCGGUCAGGCCAGGUGGGACGAGACUUCAGUGAGCUGGGUGCGAGGGAUCAUCCGUGACGGGAAGGGGUUGGACAUCGUGGAUCCAAGAGUGCACGUUGAGGUGGUCGGGGCGGAGAUGGAGCGGGAGAUGGUGGAGUGCCUGCGGAUGGGGUACCUCUGCACGGCGCACUCGCCGGACAAGAGGCCGACGAUGCAGCAGGUAGUGGGGGUGCUCAAGGACAUCCGAGCGGCACCUGCCACGGCCAGCCAGCCAGCGUGAAGGGUGUGAGCCACGGUCGGUCGGACACAUGCCCCGUGUCCCUUGCAGGCCAGCGGGGCCCGCCGUCCGAUUGAGGAGAUGCUGGUAGUCAUCACAAGCAGCUUUUUCUGAUGAUGUGUAGACCUCGUAGUUUGUACGAUGUGCAUGUAACAGAUUUCCUCGCCGGUAACAGUUGGUCUCAGAAACCUUUUUUCGCCA